CUCCGAUGAGUGAAUGAUUCAUAUAGAAGGGGAUCACCUCUCUCCUCCGCUGUCUGUGACAGCUCAGCACACACACAACACUCAGGCCUGGGGCUCCGACAUAUCCGCACUGACAUGACCGUCCCCGGGCUACCACAGCACUAGAUCCAAUGGGGAACCUCCUGAACGGGGUCAGCUUCAAGGAACCCACCACUGUGGAGGAGUGUGACUCCACCUGGGAGACGGACUCCGGGGGAGAAGAGGAACAGGGGGAUGAGGAUGACGAAGGCUUGGAGAGUGGAGCGGAGGAGCAGGGACCGGACAGCAGCCAGAAUGGCAACACACCGGAACAGAACAUCAAACCAAAGAGAAGCUUUUAUGCAGCAAGAGAUCUGUACAAGUAUCGACACCAAUACCCACAGAAUUUUAAAGAUCUUCGUGGUCAGAAUGACUUGUGCAAUCUCAGAUUUUACAUGAACAAGAUCCCUUAUAAGCCUGACGGGGUAUAUAUUGAAGACAUUUUAAACAAAUGGAAAUCUGACUAUGAUAAAUUGGAACAUAAUCAUACGUAUAUACAAUGGCUUUUUCCUCUAAGAGAGCAAGGUUUAAAUUUCUAUGCCAAGGAACUGACCUCAUAUGAAAUUGAGGAAUUUAAAAAGACAAAGGAAGCAACCAAAAGAUUCAUUAUGGCGUACAAGAUAAUGCUGGAAUUUUUUGGAUUAAAGUUGGUAGACAAGAAUGGAAAUGUAUCCAGAGCUGCAAACUGGCAAGAUAGAUUUACGCACUUAAAUGAAUCUCAGCACAACUAUUUAAGAAUCACACGCAUAUUGAAAAGUCUUGGAGAACUUGGGUAUGAACAUUAUAAGCCUCCCUUAGUAAAAGUCUUUCUUCAGGAGUCCAUUGUUGAAAACACCAUCCCAAAUAUGAAACAAAGUGCUCUGGAGUAUUUUGUUUAUGCUAUAAAAGAUAGGAGGGAAAGAAGAAGACUUUUACGGUAUGCCUACCAUUAUUUCCAGCCUCCUGAGCACUUUAUUUGGGGACCCCCCACAAAACAGAAAACUCGGCAAACUAAAUCAGUUCAAAAGACCACACCUCUGAAUAGAUCCUUGAGAAAACAUUCACAGAAGUCUAAGGAUGCUAAUACUGAGCAAGAACAGGAAACACCAACAAUCAUUUGUUCUGAGGAAAAGCUAACCGGAAAUUCUCAAGUUGAAGAGACCAAGCAGGAAACUGUGGAUGUUAAUCCCUCAGAUGAAUCAGCGGAGGACUUUAAGGACAAAAUGGCAGCUGAGACUGAUGAUGCCGAGAUAGAAAAGUCUGCACUGAAACAUUUGCCCACAGGAAUAGAUGACGCAACAAAUUCUCCCCUUCGUGAAAAUGAAUUAAUGGGACACAAUACAGAAGAUCUCAGCAAUGAAAGCAAUACAGACAGCAUUUUAAUAGUUGACAUCAUUGAUGAAGGUAGUAAAGAUUGCUUGUGCAGCUUGUCUCCUGGCUCAACUGCCACUGCUGAAAGCAUCAUACCUUCAGAAAAAAAACUUGAAAAGGAAGACAAAGCCAAAUGAGAGAAUUAUAGCAACAAUGUAUAGGAAUUAUAUCAUUAUUACAUGAAAACAUAAAACUUUAUGUCAAAUAAAACUAUAUAAAAUGUAGCACUGAACUCCCAAAUAAGAUUACACGUUUUCUAUCUUUGCAAUAGUAAAAACUAGCAAUUUAUGAAUCACUUU